AUGGCGGCUGCGAUGAUCAAGCUCGCGAUCGUGUGCGCGCUCUUCCUGGCGAUCGCUUCCACCGCGGCGGCGGCGACCUGUAGUAACGAUUUCACGGCGCUGCUUCCGUGCCAGGCGGCGACCCAGGACGCGCAGGCCACGCCCACGGCGGCGUGCUGCAGUGUGGUGGAGAAAUUCAAGGAUGAUCCGGCGUGCCUGUGCUCCACCAUCGCGGCUGCCAAGAGCGCGGGGAUCAGCAUCAACGAGGCCAAUGCCGAGAGCAUCCCUACGCGUUGCAAGUUCCAGGGAUACCCUAGCUGCGCCAAGAAGAUCUGA